GGCCCCAGGGGCCAGAUAAGCUGAAGAAAGGAAAGCAGGGUAACUGGAAGGACAGAGAGUAGGUGGAGCUUCACCCACCCCCCACUCCCCAAACACACACGAAAGGAGCCAGAGAGAGGCCCCAGGCGUGCUGGAGACAGCAUCUUUAAGCCGCGAGGAGCUCUGGGAGGGUCCCAGGACAGAGCAGUACCCACUAUGCUGCCCUGCCUCCCCCUGCUUCUCCUGAUGGGGCUGUCUGCAGGCACUGUGACAGCUGACGAGGAACUGGCACUUGGAGCGGAAGCAGGGUCCUGGAUAACCUUGACCCUGGAGGAUGGUGGCAUUCACCUCCAGCUCCAGCAGGUGAAGAGGGGCAAAGCCAGCCAGUUCUUUGGGCUGAUGGGGAAGCGGGUGAGAGGAAUACCUCCCAUCCGGCCGGACAGAAGAACAGCUCCACCACCAGAGCAUCCGCAAGGACAAAUGGUGCAGGGCCUUGUGGACAGGGCGCAACUAUCUACAGAAGAACUCUUCCCAGGCAGAGAGGAUGAGGACCACGGGUCCGAGUGAGCACCCCCACUGCACCCUUCCUGGAGGACGAAAUGCCCAUCUCCUUCCCCGGACAAUACAGCUGACAGCUGGCCAGACCAACUCUCUUCUCGUGUGUCUCCUGCGCCUGACACUGGUGUGUCCCACCUGGCCUCCCUGAACUCACUGCGGUUCCUUCUAGAACUCUCGGUCCUAAGCCAUGGUGAUGCACACACGCACCGUUGUUCCAGUUGUGAGCUGCAGUGACCCUGCUCUCCCCCCACACUCAGCUCCCAUCUCACUGCUGAGCAGGGCCGAGUGCCACGCACUUCCAUGUCUCCUGUGCCUGGAACACAGGAGGGGCUCAAUAAAUGGACAAACAGUG